AUGGACGCUCGGCCCCUGGUGCUCACCGGCCCCAACGGCGCCGGCAAGACCAACUUGCUGGAGGCGAUCUCCUACCUGUCCCCGGGCCGGGGGCUGCGGGGCGCCCGGCUUGCCGAUGUCGCGCGCAAGCCCGGGCCGGACACAGGCCCCGCCGAGGCGUGGUCGGUCGCGGCCACGCUCGCCGGCGAUGGCGGCGAGACCGCGUUGGGCUCCGGCUGGCGGGCGCCGGCCGAGCCGGGGGAGGCGGAACGCCGCGUGGUCAGGAUCGAGGGUGCCACGGCGUCGGGGCCGGCCGCCUUGGCCCAGCAUGUCGGCAUGGUCUGGCUGACGCCUUCGAUGGACCGGCUGUUCUCUGGCCCGCCCGCCGAGCGGCGGCGUUUCCUCGACCGGCUGGUUUUCGCCAUCGACGCCAGCCACGCCGCGCGGGUCCAGCGCUACGACCGUGCGCGCCGCCACCGUACCCAGCUCUUGCGCACUGGCACGCGCGACGAUGCCUGGCUCGGUGCGCUGGAGCGCAGCAUGGCGGAGAACGCAGCGGCGAUCGGCGCGGCACGUCUCGAUCUGGCAAUACGGCUCGAAGAAUUUCUGCCUGACGGCAAGCAGUCCUUCCCGAGGAUCGCGCUCACGGCGGACGGGCUGGUCGAGCGCUGGCUCGCGUCGGCACCUGCGCUCGCGGUGGAGGAUCGCUUCAGGGAGCACUUGGCCGGGACCCGCGUCGCGGAGGCGGAAGGCGGCACCGUCGACGGGCCGCAGCGGAGCGACCUGCUCGUCACCGACCGCGAGCGCGGCAUGGAAGCGGAGCAGUGCUCGACCGGCGAGCAGAAGGCCAUGCUGAUCGCGCUCGUCACAGCCCACGCCCGCCUCGUGGAGCGCCAGCGCCGCUGCGCGCCUGUGUUGCUGCUCGACGAGAUCGCUGCCCACCUCGACGAGAGCCGCCGGCAUGCACUCUUCGAGAUCAUCCUCGAUGUCGGCGCCCAGGCGUGGCUCACCGGUACCGAACCGUCUGUCUUCCGCCCCCUUGGCGAGCACGCGCAGUUCUUCACGGUGCGGCCCGGCAUGGUCGAAGGCGCGUAG